AUGACAUUGGAUGCAUCAACAAUUCAAUACAAUGGGAAUACAAAGGAAAAGAAAGAAAGCGGCCGCGUGCCAAUUCCCACGUUGUCGCAUUUUCCUUCCUACCAUUCACAGCCAUCUUCAGCGGUGUCUCCCCACACCCAGGGCGCAUUUGACGAGACCUACGAAGUUCACGACCCCUCCACCCUUACGACAGAUCCACGGCGACGCCAGCAGCAGGCUGCUUCCCAUCCUGCCCCCGACCCGCCCCUAAACGCAUCCCCGCGCCCUUUGAGUAGUCAAGGAAGCACCCGUUCCUUACGGAGAAGUACUCGUUCCAUUCGUCAGCGGCCAGGAUCAGUAUAUGCUUCGGGCCGCCCAUCCCAGAUAGAGCAAACGAUUCCGGUAUUGGUCCAACCCGUGUCGGAUCGUACUACUGGAGUUGCUGCUCUUCGCCCUGCGCUUUCCGAAGCCCAGACAGAGGACGACGAAGACGCUCACUCGUCCGCCGACGAUCGCCCUCGACCGUCAGGCGAAUCAUACUGGCCUCGCAGGUCUACCAGGGUCUCUCCACGCACGGCGUCUGCGAUUCUUUGGGCGCUAGAAGAAGCGAUUCGGAAACCGCUCCCCUUCACACCAGAUUGGGAGGAAGUGAAUGCGUCCAUGUCUGACUUGGCAAGUGCAACCAGUUCGAUUGGGCUCGCAGGCAAUGGGCGUACACAGAAUGGCGCUUCACGUGCAGCCCAGGGUCCUGUCCCCGUCAAUCCUCAUCCCCCGAGUGGUGUACGGACCCCGACGGAUAUCAUGAGGCAGCGCCGGGACCGAGAGGCUCGCAGGAAAGCGGAACAGGAGGCCAGAGAUAGGGAGCAGGAGGAGGCCGAGCGCAGGCGGCAAGAGUCACAAGAAAGGGCUCAGGAUCCCGCGCAGCCCUACGCUGCGGGCGUUGCCGGUGGUAGAACUUCCCAGCGGAGAGCGGGCCCCAGUGCUCCUGCGGGGUCGGAGAUACAGCCGGAGCUUCGUGCAUCAAACUUGCCGGGAACAUCUGCCACGACUCAGCAACCUCCUGGGAUUCCAGCGGGUUCUCAGCGGCCGGAUUCCCAGGCUCAACCUCAGGGUCCGGGACCACAAACCCACCCGAGGCCCCCUGUGUCGUCUACGCAGCCCAUCCCUCAACAACCGCCCGGUUCCGCUGGCUAUCAAAAACAACAAGCACAGCCCGCAACUCAGCCCAGCGUCUCCCAACCACAGCAGCCCCCACGCCGUGUCGCCUUUCCCCACGCCUUCGAGCGGUGGGAAACCUUGUCCUCUCACUGGGAAGGACUCACUGGCUACUGGAUUCGAAAGCUGGAGCAGAACAAUGAGGCUCUAGAACGGGACCCGAUCAGCCAGCAGCUGGCCCGUCAGGUAACUGAUCUCUCUGCUGCUGGUGCCAACCUUUUCCACGCCGUGGUGGAAUUGCAGCGCUUGCGGGCAUCAUCCGAGCGGAAGUUUCAGCGAUGGUUCUUUGACACCCGUGCGGAGCAAGAACGGUCGAAAGAGCUUCAGGCCGAUCUGGAACGACAGACGAGAGCUGAGAAACAAUCUCGCAUGGAAGCGAUCACCGCGUUGCAGAAGGCUGAGAGUGAUAAGGCCCGCGCCGAGUCACUGCUCAAGGAAAUGCGCCGGGAACUUCAAAUCUCUAAGGAAGAAGCCCGCCGUGCAUGGGAGGAGCUUGGUCGUCGUGAGCAAGAGGAAAGGGACCGGACUAAUUCUCUGCGUAAUGGUGAACCCACCUUGGUUGGCGGAGUACAGGUGGUACCAAUGAUCCAGGGCUUGCCAACUCGACAAAAUACCUCCAACCGUCCAUCAACUCGAGAUGGCACAUACGCUAGUGGCGGUGGCGGUCAGGGGAAGGCAUCUGACGGUCAUUACUACGAAGAGGCGCCGGGAUCACCUACAGAGACCGAUCCGUUCGCGGAAGGGCAACGACCUUAUCCUGAAUCUGAUACUCAACGCUACGCUGCACCACAACCGCACUCGACGUCGGCUGCAGAAGUUCCAGGGCAGUAUGCCGGUCAUUACUAUGAACAAGAAGGCACGUAUCCUGGUCGACCCAUGUCUGAGAAUGACAAUCGCUCUUACGAUCCUAGCGCGGCUAGCAGCGACCCAGGUGAUGAUGAAUAUGGCGGCUAUCGCCGUACUCAGCCUCAACAGGGUCCUUCUAUAGUCUACUCGCGUCCCAUGUCUGAGGAGAGCGAUGACUAUGAGCGUGGGUCCGUAGAGGACGACGGUGGCUAUGUGCCUACCACCAUGCCCCCAACGUCGGCAUCAGGGUACAAUCAGGGGACUGUAGACUACAGUGGUUCUGGAUGGGGUGUUGGAUCAACAUGGGAUUCCGUCACCCCUCGCCAUCGCCAUCCUACGCGCCUCAGUGACGUUAUGGAGGAGGAAGAGCCUCGAACUACACCGAGUCGUGCUAGCCGUGCUAGCCGCGCCAGCCAAGCCAGCAGAAGUGUACAUUAG